UUAACAACUCCAUACAUUUGUUCCCCUUUUUAAUGCAACUUCAGACUAAAGAAUAGUGACCAUUUCAAGAUGACUAGCUGUAUGUCUGUCGUAGUGCUGGUACUGGUGCCCCUUCUGUUUGGAGGGAGUCACUCGCAAAUAGUAGAAGGUCCUGAAAUCAUUCUUCAGGCCACGUAUGAGGAACCUUUAACAGCACCUCCAGGAUGUGAGGACUUACCCAGACCUGACUUUGGACCAUGCGCCAACUGUGACUGUGUGGUCGAUGCAGGAGUCGCUGGCUGGGAAUGUUCAAUGGUGGAUUGUUUCGACGUGCCCUGCGUAGACAAGAUUCCCAGGCCAGAACUAUGCUGCGCUGAUGAGUGUCCCAAUGGUCCAAACUGUGCAGUUAAUGGUGUCAUCAUCUCUGUUGAUGAAGUCAAACUUAUCAACGGUUCCAAGUGUUAUUGUGUCUAUGAGAUAGCGACCAUACCUCCUCGAGCAGUCUGCGACCCUAUAACGACAACGCCCAAACUGACAACUAGAAAAAUAACCACUACUAAAUCAACCACUACUAGAGCUACUACAAGGAAAAUCACUACUCCUAAACCUACCACUACUAGAGCUACUACAAAGACAACAAAGAAGACCACUAAAAAACCCAUCGGGAAACCUUAAAACUUAGGAAACAGAACCAUGGCGUAAUGUCUGUAUCAUUGGAAGCUAUUUUGAUCGCUGAAUACACUCACAAAUGAAAGUUUCUAAGAUAAUUAAAAAAUAAAAGCAUAUCAAUAUACAAAUUGUAUCAAGAAAAAUAAAAUAAAUUCAAUUUG